CAUGGAAUGCAAAGCGGUGGUGAUGCGCAAACAGAGGCGUGUAGUCAUUAAUUUGACGCCGAAAACGGCACCUUGCUGGUAUAAAUCGCAGUUCGCCUUCAGUCACUUCGUGAGACACGGCUCACAUAUGGGAUACCUACACUAGAUGUAUGAGUCGACUUAAAUGAAUACAUUUAUUUCAACCACAUGUCUGUUUCACGAAGUGACCACACGAUAACCGAGGUUUCAUAGAGAUUGGACGUUUUCCGGUAGAAGACCUCAUGGUCAAAUUGGUCGUGUAUAUCUAUAAUGUUACAGUUCAAGAUGAUGACUAUAAUGUCAACGCCUAGUCUCAUUAGAAUAUUUCUCAUGGUAAAUCCGCAUCGUUGUAUGCCAUCUGCCAUUUCCGCAUCACUGUAAAAAGUAUGAGGAAUGCCAAAAACGAGUAAGCUGUGCCAAUGUAUCAGCAGCACAGGCUCACUGUGCAGCACCAUCGCCUUCAUAGCCCGAGUUAGGACCUAUGGGUUUUGAAGUGGAGCUAAUGGAUUAGAUAUGACCAUCUCGCCUUUAUUCGGUAAUAAUACACGUAUAUCUAGGGUGAUACUAAUGUUAAAAUUGCCUUGGUAUUGAUACUGUUACGGAUUGACUUUUUCAAAUUGGAUCACGUUUGAUAAGUUAUGCCUGGUAUCACCGUGCCAUACCAUGGUGUUCGGAAAGUAUGUAUGACCAACUGUCCCACCCUUAUUGUGAUGGUGGGCUUGCCAGCCCGAGGUAAAACCUACAUCUCAAAGAAGCUCACCCGCUAUCUCAACUGGAUCGGUGUUCCCACCAAAGAAUUUAAUGUGGGGCAGUACCGCAGAGAAUGUGUGAAGAUUUACAAGAACUUUGAGUUCUUCCGUCCAGACAAUGAGGAGGGACUAAAGAUCCGCAGGCAGUGUGCACUGACCGCGCUGAAUGAUGUCCGAGAGUAUCUGGGGGUGGAGGGAGGUCAAGUGGCGGUGUUUGAUGCCACCAAUACCACGCGGGACAGGAGACACACCAUCAUGAAAUUUGCAGAGCAGAAUGACUAUAAGGUGUUUUUUGUUGAAUCGGUAUGUGAGGACCCUAAUGUUAUUGCAGAGAACAUUGUGCAAGUUAAACUGGGUAGUCCUGACUACAUUGACUGCAGCACAGAAGAAGCCAUUGAGGACUUCAUGAAGAGGAUCAAGUGCUACGAAAAUUCCUACCAGCCCCUUAAUGAGGUGUUGGACAGGGCGUUGUCGUACAUUAAGAUUAUGGAUGUGGGUCAGCGGUACAUGGUGAACAGAGUCCAGGACCACAUCCAGAGUCGCAUUGUGUACUACCUGAUGAACAUCCACAUCACGCCGCGCUCCAUCUACCUGUGCCGGCACGGGGAGAGUGACCUCAACAUCAAGGGCCGCAUCGGGGGAGACUCAGGGCUGUCCACACGAGGGAAAGAGUUUGCCCAGUGUCUGGGCAGCUUCAUCCAGGAGCAGAACAUCAAAGACCUGAAGGUGUGGACCAGUCAGAUGAAGAGGACUAUCCAAACGGCAGAAUCCCUGAGCGUCCCCUACGAGCAGUGGAAGGCCCUAAACGAGAUUGAUGCUGGAGUUUGUGAGGAGAUGAUGUAUGAGGAGAUUCAGGACCACUAUCCUCUGGAGUUUGCCCUGCGAGACCAGGACAAGUAUCGUUACCGAUAUCCUAAAGGAGAGUCUUAUGAGGACCUAGUCCAGCGCCUGGAGCCUGUGAUCAUGGAACUGGAGCGUCAGGAGAAUGUUCUGGUCAUCUGUCACCAGGCUGUCAUGCGCUGCCUACUGGCAUACUUUCUGGACAAGAGUGCAGAUGAGCUUCCUUAUCUGAAGUGCCCUCUCCACACAGUGCUGAAGCUUACUCCAGUGGCUUAUGGUUGUAAAGUGGAGUCCAUCUUUCUCAACGUGGAGGCAGUGAACACCCACAGGGAUAGGCCAGAGAACGUAAAUAUCUCCCGCCUGGCAGAGGAAGCCUUGCUCACAGUCCCCGCCCAUCAGUGAAACUGAGCAUGUGCAGACAGGGCAGCUAUUUGUCCCCAUGGCAACACUCCAUAAAGGGCUGAUGAUUUGUCUUCAUUAGUAACUGCUUCAGUUUGUUGGUUUUUGUUUGUUACGCCACCAUUAGCGCUCUAUGAUUUGGGAACAUAGAGCAGUUAUUUACAACUCUAAGGGUUUUUUCCUUUGUAUAUCUUUUUUAUUUCUAUGUAGAUUGUAACAUUCCAUUCUUCUCGUUGCAGUGUCAGAAUAGAUGACUGGAAUCCAGUUAAAUCAGUGGCAAUCAACCCUGCAAUCUGUGUGUGUGUGUGUGUGUGUGUGUGAGAGGGAGAGCGCAUCAUACAUUAAACAUUCUUCUGCAAAAGAAGCUUGACUAAACUGUGAAUGUGAAGCAUAUGACAUUAACUUUUAUUUUCUACAUGACUUUUUGUAAAGUAGAAACAUAAUAGAUUCUUCUUCAGGCUUGAAGUUUGACCUUUGACUUGGGUCACUUUGUUUAUUUUCUAGAGCCUCCAAUGUUCUUAGCUUGUGGUUGAGAUUUCAUUCAAGUACCAUCUUUUGAAAAGCAUUAUUUGCAUGCAACCUGUGAACGCACAUUUAUCGUUUUGGUGCAAACUGAAAGAGAAGAGCCAGAAAUGAAAAGAACAUGUUUACGGAUAAUUAACGGUAGAGAACACCUAGCUGUGCUGGUAGACGAAGCUGGAAAACGUUUCACUGAAUUUGCACGUUUUUACGUUUCUAUUUUACUGCAAUCAGUGCACACUAAAGAAUAAUUCAAUUCCUGAUUUUAGUUUUUCUUAUUGUACUUAGUGGUACAUGGUUAAAGUGGUCUUUCUUGAUUUUCAUACCUCUCAGUAUGGUCAGUAAGUACAUAUAACAUUUGCCCCUAAACUAUGUCUGCCUUGAGCUGCAAUAUAUUGCAUAACCAUUCAUUUAUUGUACAUUAUAUGUAGGAAUAGUGUACAUUUAUUGUACAUUAUACGUAGGUUAAGGAAUAGUGUUUUUGUUUGUUUUCCUGCUGUUACUUCAAAUGGCAAUAAAAAAGUGCAGCCUUUCUUCCUUGAUAAAGCUUUCGCUCAUCUCUCAUGGUUUCCGUGACCGGAGACAUCUGAAUCACAGACUAAGCUAAACUUGAUUAUCCUCAUUGUAGCUGGCACGCACAAAAAAAGUCAAGUCCGUCGAUUCAUUAUGGUGUUAUUGUGUUGAUCAAUGCAUGCUGUACCAUGAGUGGACUAUAAUGCCGUGUUGAUCAUGAUCAGUCUUUGAAAUUCAUGUGUCACACUGCAGGACAAUAAACCAUUUCCUAUAAAACCAAA